GUACGGAUAGGGAAGGGAUCAGGCGGGAGUUUUCAGUCGGAGGACGGUGUUUUCCACGGCAGCUGAGAGGCUCUGCAGAUCCUGAACAGUGUAAACAGCGCUUAACUCCACCAGACAGGUUUUCAGACCUUAGAAGGUGUGCAGCAUGAAGGCAGCCAUUGACAAGAUUCUCUCUUUAUCUGAGGGAGAUGGUACAAAGGAGCUGGAGAAUCACCUCACAUCUCUGCCUCAGGACCAGCUGACUGCACUGAUCACAAAUGCAGCCCUCAAAGGAAAGGAUUCAGCAGCGUUGAUGAAAGCUAUAUUCAGAGGCUCCCCAAUCAGUAGUACAGAUGGGGCUAGUCGCAGGCUAUGUGUGUAUAAACACUGUAUUCCUUUGUGUGAGUCCGGAGACCUGCAGACAGAAGUGGCCUCAGACAUUAUUGGUCUGCUAAUGUUGGAGACACAUGUGCUUCCUGGUCCUGCACUGGCAGCAUUAGCAUCUUUAUUUGUGGAUGCUAUUAAAGUGGGUGAAAUGGGUAAUGGCAAAUCACUGGAGCUGUUCCCCACCAUUCUUACGGCCCUGGCAGCGAAAGAAGCCAUAGCUUAUGGCAAAGGCGAGUUAAGCGGAGAUGAAUACAAGAAACAAUUGAUCAAUAGUCUUUGUGCAAGCAGGUGGGACCCACAGUGUGUGAUCCAUCUCACCACCAUGUUCAGAGAUGUGCCCUUAUCUCCAGAGGAGCUACAGUUUUUGAUUGAGAAGGUCUUGAGGAUGUUCCUGAAGCUGGACCUGCAAGAGAUCCCUCCUUUGAUUUAUCAGCUGCUGCUGCUGGCUGCUAAGGGGUGUAAAAAGCUUGUGCUGGAGGGAAUUAUUGCAUAUUUUAGAGAACAGGACCUGCAUCAGAAAAAGGAGCAGAGAGAGGGGGAGAGUAUGGAUGUUGAGGUACAGACGAUCCCACAGGACCAGCUAAGACAUGUGGAAGGAACUGCUAUCUUACAUGUUGUAUUUGCUAUUCGACUUGACCAUGAGCUCGGCAAAGAGUUUCUAAAAAGCCUCAAGGUAUCUCAGGGUCAGCCACUUUGUCCCUUUAGCAUCGCCCUGUUGCUUUCUGUGGCUCGCAUCCAGCACUACCAGGAGCAAGUUUUUGAGUUUCUGAAAGGGGCCAUAAUUAAGAAUUUUAAGGAUGAGCAGUUUCUGCAUGGGUCUAAGCUCCUACAGGAUCUGCUACCCCCCUGCCACAGUAUCUCCCAAAUGAUUCUGGAUACGGUCAAAAACAGUGUGUUUGGCUGGGACCAUGUCACGCAGAGCCUGGUACAGUUAGGUUUCAUCCUCAUGGACUCCUUUGGACCAAAGGCUGGACCUUUUGGGAAGACCAUCGAAGCCCCCACUACUGCAGCUAAAACCCCCUCUCAGCUUGCAUGUCAACUUGGAGGACAAGUGCUUCUGGAAAGCUUUAAGAUGCAUGAACCAAUCAGAGGGGAGAUCCUGGAGCAGGUCCUUAAUCGAUUGGUCACUAAGACGGCUUCACCAGUCACCCAUUUCAUUGAGUUGCUCUCAAACAUUGUCAUGUCUGCUCCAAUGAUCCUUCUGGAGUCAUCCUCAAAAGUGACUGAGACCUUCGACCAGCUGUCCUUCCUGCCUCUGAGCACUGUCCAGGGACUCCUUAAAGCUGUGCAGCCACUGCUGAAGGUCAGCAUGUCCUUAAAGGAUGCACUGAUUUUGGUGCUGAGAAAAGCCAUGUUCUCUAGUCAGCUGGACGGACGCAAAUCUGCAGUGUCCGGCUUUCUCUUGCUGCUGAAGAAUUUUCGGGUCUUGGGCAGUCUAGCCCCGAGUCAGUGCAGUCAGGCACUGACCUCUAGUCAGGUCCAGGCAGAUGUCCACUCGCGCUACAACUCAGCUGCUAACGAGUCAUUCUGUUUGGAGAUCCUGAGCAGCCUUCGCCGCUGCCUCGGCCAGCAGGCAGAUGUGAGGCUCAUGCUUUAUGAAGGUUUCCAUGAUGUUCUUCGACGCAACUCCCAGUUGGCAAGCUCCAUCAUGCACACUCUUCUAUCACAGCUAAAACGAUACUAUGAACCAGAGCAAGACCUUCUACCUCCUAUGAAGCUGGAGUCAUGUAUAAGUGCACAAGGAGACCAGGUUUUCCUCCAGGAACCUCUGGCUCACCUGUUCUCCUGUACUGUCCACUGCCUGCUGUGGCAUCAGAGUUUGGGUGAAAAUGCUCGAGGUGGAAUGGAUGAUGAAGAUGAUGAGGAGGAAGAUGAAGGAGGUUUUCAGGAUGAGCUCCAUGCAAUAUUGGAGAGUGUAACUAGACGCAUGAUUAAGAGUGAGCUGGAGGACUUUGAACUGGAUAAGUCUGCUGAUUUCUCCAUGACGACCAGUGUUGGAGUGAAGAACAGUAUCUAUGCUGUGCUUGUGAUGGGAGUAUAUGAGGUUCUCAUGGAGUACAACUUCACCAUAGGCAACUACAGUAAAAAUCGUUUUGAGGAGAUACUGGAGCUCUUUAAACGUUAUCAGAAGCUGACUGAGAUUCUCAGGGAGAAGUCAGGAAAGGGCCGGACUCCUCAUAGUAAACCCCCACGUAGCCUGCUCUCCAUGGGAUUCGUGUCCACCUUGCUGACUGCUCUCUUCAGAGACAGCGCUCAGAGUCAUGAGGAGAGUCUGUCAGUGCUUCGAUCCAGUGGAGAGUUUAUGCGCUACAGUGUGAACGUGGCCCUACAGAAGGUUCAGCAGCUGGAGGAGACGGGCCACACGGAUGGGCCGGAGGGACAAAGUCCUGACAAGGCCUUCCGCUACCUCUGUGACAUCACAAGUGUACUGAUGUGGCGGUACACUAAUAUUCCAUCUGCCGUUGAGGAUACUGGGAAGAAGGAGAAGACUCAGAGCAUUUCUCUGCUGUGUCUUGAGGUUUUGCUGCGCGUCUUCAGCACUGUGCUACAGCAGUACCCUUCCAAAGUAUCUAACUUCCUGUGCUCUCUUGAUCUUUCUGGAGAGGUGGAGGAAGAAGCUGAAAAAGACAGCCUGACUGAAAAGACUGCCUUCUACAUCCGCCAAUUUCAGCGUUCACUGUUCAGUCAGUUGAGUGGAAGCGAAGAAGAUUUUAAUAGCAAAGAAGCUCAGCUGCUGGUCAGCAUCCUCAGUCUACUCGCUGGCUUGCUGGAGCCCUCCUCUCAACAGUUUGUCCAAUUCAUAACUUGGACAGUCAAAAUUUGCAAAGAAACCAGCUUUGAGGACAUACCUUUCAGUAGGGGUCUUCUGUCUCUGCUCUUCAGUCUACAUGUUCUCUACAAAAGCCCUGUGUCUGUUCUGUGGGAGAUGUGCCAGGACAUCCAUAGUGCUCUAGGAGAUAUAGACGAGGAUGUGGAGGUGGAGAAACAGUCUCACUUUGCUGUUGUGAACACGAAGACUGCAGCUUCCACUACACUCUUAGUCUUGUCCCAGGUGGGAAGGGUGUUGGAUGAGGUGGACUGGUUAAUUGCCAAGAAGAAGGGCCAAUCAACAUCUGAAAAGACAGCCUCAGAAGGUGCCACACAGCCGGCCGGUCAGCAGGACCCUGUGGAGAAAGCAGUGACUCUGCAGUUGGGGACUUUGCUGACUGCUCUGAAUGAGCUGGUGCAGACGGCUCUACCUACUGGAGCCUGCACGGACACUCUGCUCCGGGAACUUGGCCGAACCUACAGCAUCCUCACUACCCUCCUCAAAUAUUAUAUACAGGUGUGUGCAACUCAUCCUGGCCAUCUGCCUGCUCGUCUGGAGAAACUGGUGAAGCUCUCAGGCUCUCACCUCACUCCUCAAUGCUACUGUUUCAUCACAUACGUACAGAGUGAAGAGGGCAACGGGGGAGCAAAUGACAAGAAGAAGAAAAAGAAAGAAGAGGAAGCUGUUAUGGCUGCAUCUGCUAAAAUUAUUCGUCAGACUAAGGCCAUCCCCUCCCUGAUCUACAAUAUCGAACAGUAUGAGAAGUUUCUAAUUCUGCUCUCCAAGAAAUCAAAGGUGAAUUUGAUGCAGUACAUGAAGCUGAGCACGUCCAGAGACUUCCGGAUCAAUGCAGCAACUCUACAAACAGCAAUGCAGGAGCAGCAGGAGAGCCAGCAGACUGAAGCCUCUCAAGAACCUGAGGAGAGUCAGGCCCCCAAGAAGAAGAGAAGAAAGCAGUGAGGGUGUCCUUUUCUUCUUCUGUUCCUUUCUUGUGUGUUUAUUCGUCAGUCUGUUUUUCUAUGUUCAGUUUCAGCUUUCGGUUUUUUUUUUUAGAAGGCUAUUUUUCUUUGGCCAAAGAACCUUUGGUUUUCUCAAUGAUCUGGUAGAUGUCCAGUGCUUCACCUGUUGAUAAAAAAGUGUAUAUAUAAUUAUCAAUAUGCCAAUUUAGAUGCAUGAUUUAUUUAUACAUUGUUCUCUUUACUUUUUACUGUUUAAAAAGACACAUUUUAGAAUGAAUUAUGUUCCUUAUGUUCACAAUACUGCUCUUAAUAUGCUGCUUUCAUUUUGAAUUUUUGAAUGUACAUUUUCAAUAAAUACACUAUGCACUCUUA